CACCCAGUGACGCACUUCCGGGUCACGCUUCAUGGAGUGUUUUGGUCGGGAGGCAGCGCGCUUUCUUAAUUAACAUUACUGCACUUUUACACUUUAUUAGCGACAGAAAAGCGUUAAUUUUCACUCACGACAUUCACAUACUAUGUGCUGAAAUCUGGUAUUUUGGUGGACGUUUCGUCUUCUAGCAUUUUCAGCACUGAGAAGUGGAGAGGGUGACAAUGUCACGACAGCGUUCAAGAUCCCCUCUACAUUCAAGAACCUCGACGCUGCUCGGAAGGCGAGAUGGAUAUUACGGUGAGCAGUACCAUGCACCGGUGCAUUCUGAUCCUUGGAGAGGUUCAGAAAAUGUCGACAACAGAAAUUUGGAAAGCGGCGUACGCUGGGAUAACGGGUCCUCUGAAGCAGAGGAGCAGGUUGACCACUGGGCCAAGUUCAUCGAGGCUAUAGGUCGUGCCGAAAAGCGGAAAGCUUCGUCCAUGUCGAGGUACCACGCACAGGACGGCGUCCAGAGUUUUGAAGAGGACUCGGCAUGCUCUCCGAGACGGCUGCCUAGGGAGAGAUUGUGUUCCCCGGAAACUUCAAACUAUGGCAUGGAAACGCAUCAGAGGAUUCAGUCUCCAGGCCAGAGGAGGAACGAGCGUGAUGUUGCUGAUGUAGACAGGCGCUAUUCAAGAAGUUCCAGUCCUAGGCAUUCACAAGGAAAGAGACACGACAGAAUGGAACAUGGAUAUUAUAAUGAAGAACACGAAGAUAGAUAUGAAAGAAGCUCCUAUAGCGAGAGGUCACUCAAGUCAAAUUAUUCGGAGCAUCAACUACAUUUUAAAGGAUACCAAGAUUUGGAUCCACAGGAGGAAUAUACUGUGUCACACAGGGGCUUCAGUCCACAUUGUGCCCCUGUUAUAGUGGAGCAUGAUCAUGGAAUCCCAAAACAUGAUGCAAGGAUCCACAGUCCAGGUAGGGACCGAGAACGUCCAAGGAGCCGCGAUCCAGCUAGGGAGCGAGGGCAUCCAAGGAAUCAUGAUCCAGGUAGGGACCGAGAGCGUCCAAUGAGCCGUGAUCUGGUAAGGGACAGAGAGCAACCAAGAAGCGGUGGUCCUGUCAGAGAUCGAGAGCAUCCAAGGAAUCGCAAUCCAGUUAGCCAGCGAGAGCAUCCAAGGAGCCAUGAUCCAGAUAGGAACCAAGAGUAUCCAAGGGGCACUGGUUCUGUUAGGCACCAGGAGCAUCCAAGGAGCCAUGAUCCAGUUAGGAACCAAGAGCAUCCAAGGAGCCGUGAUCCUCUGAGAACCAGUGACCUACCAAGAGACAGAGGUUAUUCAAAAAGCAGUGAACCACAAAGGGGCAGAGAUCCCAACAGGGGAAGAGAAUCUUCAAGAAGCAAGGAACUCCGUAAACAUGGAAGGGAUUAUAACCAUCAUCCAGGAACAUCACAUGAUAGCCCCAGUGGUUCAUCAACCUAUCACAUUAGGGAAGACACAAGAUUCCAUGCCUCUCUGGCUGAAAGAGGAAGUCCUUUGCAAGGCAUGCGACAACACACUGAGCAACCCAGGUUGGGAUCACAUUCAAGAGAGCCCCAUGGACAAAGGGCAGUGGAUGAUAGAGACUUCAGAGUGAAUGAGAGCAAUAGGACAAGAGACUCUGUUCAUGACUGGGAGGAAGACACGGAACCUAGAGGGAAUCAUGGUGGUGUGCUGGGACAAGGAAGCGUUCUGAAAAGAAAUCAUCAACAUAGGAACCCAAACCAUCCUGGAGCUAGAAUGGAUUUUGCCGGUCAUGAGACUCUCAAGAUCAAAGUGGACAUGAGUCGUCCUGUGGGCCAGAGCAGCCACUUAGGCUAUUCCUCUGAAAGGCAGUUGUCGCUCGAUUUGGUCAAUGUGGGUCGACAACGUCUCGACUUCCUGCCCAUGCUGGAGCAUUCUGGGACAUUUAGGGAGACGCCGAUGCACUCUGGGACCUUCGCACAAGAGAUUAUCACUCUGGUGCAUCAAGUUAAAGAAAAUUAUUUUCAGGGUCAAGGCACCACACUUAAUGAACGUUUCUCUAAUGAACAAGAGUAUUCUUUGGUGGAUGAGUUUGCAGAAGAAGAACAGGAGAUGGAGGCCAUCGGGCCUGUCGUAAACAGGCCACUUGGUGCCACAUCCUUAGACACUCAGAUUUUCUGCAAGAUUGGGCCGAUGCAGUCACAGAGGAAGCCGCAUGUUCCUGUUCCUGCUCCUGCCCCUGGUGAUCUCAGGCAUGACCUGGAGAGGAAAAGACAGGAGCGACUAGAAGGUGUGAAGAUCACUAUCGCCGGAGGGAACUUCUCUCAGAUACUGCCUCAGAGUCAGAAGAAUGAGUCUGCAUAUGUGGGUGAUGAAGACCCGCAUGAGGCAGGUUGGUCUGAGGAGGUGCCUCGGCAAGCGGAGCACUGGGACGACCCUCAUCAAAAAAGACCCACCCAGAAUUUCAACGCCAGACGGAAUUUCAAUCGCGUCCGCAAUCGACCUCGUCCACGCACGAAAAGGAAUGCAAAUAACGGUGCUCGAUGGUGAGGAACGGGACAGAAGUGAAGCUCCGGGAUCGUAAACAUGAGUGUUUCUCAAACUUGCACUCCAUUGUUACCGUCUUCAUCAGUAGAUUGUAACAAGUCUGUCAUUUAUGUGACAUUUCACUGCUAGUCGAUGACAGAUGCUCAUAAAUUGCUCAUCUUUAAAAGUGAUAUUUUCACGCUUCACUCAUCAGCAUGUAAAGAGAACACUGGACAGUGUAGCAAUUUACGUUGCCCACUUAAAGAACUUUAUGUGCUCAGUUAAUCAUUUUCAUACGCAGCACGAACAUGGGAAGUGUUCAUGGAUAUUGCUUGUGUUUGUUUUUAGAGCCACCAGCAUUCACCAUCACAUCAGACCUGUAACUUUUAAGACCCCUCCUUAUUAAACAGCUGUUUAAUCAUAUUCACAAAACUGUCCAGAGUAUAUUUUGUUUAUAUUAAAGCAUUUAGUUUGAAUUUAUUAAAAAAGAAAAAAAGUCCAGUCAGAUUAUGUUUCGUUACAUUCUGUGCCUCUUUGUUCCUCUUCAUUAUGCUUUAAUCACUUUUAAGAGAAACAGCUGUGUUUAUGUUGAGAAGAAUCUCUAUCUCUUCAUCUAAUGUUGUACAUAUAGUUUUGUAUGAAAUAAAUAUACACAACAAUG